AUGUGGGAGCUCCUCGAGCACGCAGUCAAGAGCGCGUCAGCCAGCGCUUCGAUCUACGCAACCUCCAUACACGAGAAAGCACAUACGCUUGCUGCCUCCGUACAGGAUGAAGCCUCGACGCUUGUCCAGCGUGUCAUGAGCUCCGCUCGCACUGGACCCGUGGACGAGAUUUUGUACGAAGAGUUGGCGGACUAUCGAGCGUUUUCGAGCUCCUUUGCACUUGAGAAAGUGACGCAAGAAAUUGCAGAGCUACGAGACAAAGACGCAGAGAUCCGGGAGCUGCAUGACGCCGUUGUGCCGCUGGAGCUGAGCGAGGGCGAGUUCUGGUGCCGCUACUUUUUCCGCCGACAGCAAUCGACUGAGCAGAAGUGGCGGGAUCAAGUGUCGAUCAAUGAUGACAAUUUGGAACACAACCCGGAGGACGAUGCGCCGCCGCAGACCCAUCGCUGUUCCACAGGACGGCGGAUGAAUCGUGAGGAGCAUGCGUAUGCUCGGCUUUCGAGAGCAGCAGAUGAAGCUGAUCAAUGCGCAGUUGCCCAAUGGCAACAGAAAGCAAGGGAUUUGCACUGUCAGUUGCAGGAGAUCAAGCAAAUUUACGAUGUUAAGGAGAAAAAAUCGCUGAAGGAGUGGGACAAGCAGCUUCAAGACCUUCGUGACACGUACGAGACAAAGAUGGACGCAUUUUCUUCGCGAGUUGAUGCCGCAUGGGCUGCAGGGUACAACGAAGGAGCUCAGGAGAUUGGAGCGAUUGCAAAGAAUGUGGGACAGAAGACGGAGCAGGAAAUGGCACGCUAUCGAACAGAGAUCGCACAGCGGGAUUUUCGUGCAUUGGCGGGUGAGCGAGUGGUCGCUUUGACAAAAGAAAAAGCAGAUUUGGAGCGGGAGCUUCAAGCUGCGCGGGAGCAGAUUGCCGAGCUGGGCAAGCAAAACGAAUCACAGGCGAAGAAGACUCGAAGUGCGGCUUUAGCGGAUGUGACGAAAGAAAGAGAUUUGUGGCGUAUGAGAGCACUCAAGAUGAAGAAACUCAAAGACCUUGUGCAGAACGAACUCACGACGUUGCGGCUGCAACGUGACGCUGGUUCUGAGGCUUCAUCGACAGGUUCUGAUAUGUCCGCGACUGGUACUCAUUCAAAUGAUCACAGCAAGCUGCAGGCUCGCAUGAAUGAGCUGCAGGCGCAGCUUGCAAACAUGUUGGCUAAUUCUGAAGCCCGGGCUUGCAAAGCAUAUGAAAAGGGUGUUGAGAUCGCCAAGAUCGAAGCCGAAAAACGAGUAAAGCAAGAGCGAGACAUAGCAUUUCAGGAAGGAUACAAGACAGCGCAAGCUGAAGUCAAGAGCGAAAUGGGUUUGCUGAAGGCUGAGCUCGGAAUGUUUCGCGCUUUCCAUGAGAGUGCGAUCCAUUGCGCAGAUCACGUGGACGAAAACGCAGAAAAUUUGCUCGACACUUCACUAGACGACAUCUUGCUGGCUGACGGACAAGCUCUGUGCUCGCCAACAUCAUCUGUCUCAGUCUUUAUUGACGACGGCAAGAACGAGUGUCCUGUUCCUGCGGGUUCCAAGUCUAAUGAUGAUUGGGGCGAGUGGUGA